AUGAGAUCUUUACCUCCCCCACGAGUCACUCGAGCAAGAAAAUGGAAAAGGAUCAAACGAGCAAUAAAAAACUUAUUUUCCAAAGGAUAUAUAUCUGAUUAUGGUGUAUUUUCCAGAAUCCAAACAAAUCAUUAUUCAAUCUCCAAAAUUCGUCGUCUGAGGUUUUCCACUCGAUUGGUUAAAUCUAGAAACGACUUGAAUAUUGUAAAACGAGCAAACAGAGGUUUCAAACUAGCUAAUUAUAUUAGUCGUGCUAGUAGAAGAGUUUCCGUACCUGGUUUAAAAAGAGGGUUACGUUCGCCAAAAUCAAGAAUGGAUUUCAGAAUCAAUUUUUAG